AAAACAUUGUGUACUGCCGGGGGUAGAGCUUGAGCUCCUCGGAUAUCAUGAAGUUUGUUAGUAGUGUUACAGAUUCUAAUUAGUAGCGGUCGCACGUAUAGGUUUGAUCAAUGAGCCUAUGAUGACCUGUAAAAUGAAAUCGACUUCGUGUUGUUGCUCACUGCAAACAACUGCUAAAAUCAUCGGCAUUAUUGAUAUGCUGGCUAACGUUACGAUUGGUGUCUUGCACUCCAGCAGAAUCGUUGUCAACGGGCCCUUCGAUGUUACGAUCGCUAUCGCCGUUUUUGCUUUCAUACUCGCAAUAUUUUCUAUUCUACUGAUCUACGGUGCCCAGUGUCGUCGACGUCACAUAGUAAUGUCGUGGCUAAUCGUCCAACUUCUCGAAAGGUGUUUUGUAGCGGUGUUUAUAGCUGUGGGACUAGUGAGAAAUUCGUUAGGAGUUAUCCCCAUCGUGUUUAUUCUAUUCGUGAUCAUCUUGGCCUUCUACCUUUGGUGGGCUGUUUGCUGCUUUUACUUUGAACUGAAAAAUGAAGAGCGAGCUGACCUAAAUCGAUGUGAUUCGUUGUCUGGGCAACCAGUCGGUUAUGACGAGAACGCAGAUGUCUUUUGAACAACAAAGCGAAAGCAAAUAAAAAGCUUUGUAAGAACCCAUAA